CGAAAAAUAUCUCACCGAAUCGCCUCCUUCCGAGUUCCGACCUUCUUCUUUCCCUAUGAGACAGUGUUCCCUUUCCGCUCACAUUUUCUCUGAUUUUCCCGCCUUCCAACCACAUUCUUCGAUACGAACAAUCUAUCAAUCGAUCUUAUCACCGUCCUUGCUGACUUCAAGAUUCGAGUAAGUUACGCUAAUACCUCUCGAUUUGGUUGGCUGAUUACUGACAUUUCUGAUCCUGUUUGUGGUGGAAUCGAAGAACAAGAGAAUCUGCAUCUGUAAAUUUGUUAUGGAGAAGAAGAGAGAGUGCCGAUUUGGUGAUGGUAAUGGUUGUAUAAAUGGCGAUGAAAGAGUUUUUCAGUGGGAGGAUGGCCUCCCCGACGCAGAAAAAUUAACGCCUCUUUCUCAAUCGCUGGUAUCGCAGGAACUGGCUUCGGCGUUCAGGAUUUUGAUGGAACCUCAUCGGAGUAUAUCUGAUGUUAAGUCGGCGUCGAAGACGACGAUAUUGAAUAUUUGCGACGGACAAUCGGAAGGAUACAGAGGUUUCGAGCUUAAUUACGAUCAGACGCGGGGGGAAGACGCCGCGAUGAUUGAAUCGGACGAGGUGAUAAAUCUAGAUGAGUUGAGAUCCGAUUCGCGGAAAUUGAGGAGGAUUGAUUGUUUUAAAGAGGCAAAUUCUGCGCCUCGGGGGGAGAGCUCGAUCGAGGAUGCGGCAUUGGCUCGAACCUUGAAGCGGCCGAGGGUUGCAUGGACUCCGCAAUUGCACAAACGGUUCGUGGACGUGGUUUCUCAUCUAGGGCUCAAAGAAGCAGCUCCCAAAGCCAUUAUGCGAUUGAUGAAUGUCGAGGGAUUGACUCGCGAGAACGUUGCCAGUCAUCUUCAGAAGUAUCGACUUUACUUGAAGAGGACACAACCAUCCUCAACGACUGACGAGGCGACACAGAACUCACAUGAUUCUGCUCCCAGUGCCGAUUCACAAGGAAACGGCUAUUUUCCAUCUACUUUUCCGAUGACUUAUGCGCCAUCUCCGAUGAUGCCUAUGAUGUUAUAUAGUAUGGGAGCUCACGGCCACGGUCUUAGUCAUACAGGCAUGCUGAUGGUUAACCUGAGCACUGUACCGACCCACUCGUGUAGCACGAAAGGGCAGCAUAAUUGAUUGAAAUGACAACUGACAAGUAAGCUUUAAUUGCGCCUUACUUUCAAUGUGCUCCUAAUCCAAAGUUGAAAUGAUAAACGAAGUUUGAGAAUCUCUCAUUUCGAUCUUCAAUGGAGCAUGCUUAAAUUAGAGUCUGUUGUGAAAAGAUUGAAUGAAUUAGAUUCUGUUUA